GGCUUUGUAGGAUCGGCUGGGAUUUGGGUUGUGCCACAUCCGUGCCUGGCGAGAGCCGCCCUCCUCUCAGGGAGGUCUCGGGACGCGCUUCCCAGGUGAGGAAGAGUUUCCCCGGGGGGCGCAGGGAAACGCCCCGGGGCGCCGGCGGUGCGAGCUGAGCAGUGAGACUCCGACUGGUGAGCUCCCCCGCUGUUCAGUCCGCGGAAAUGCUGGGAGCCAGAGGCGGAAAUGUCAGCGCUUUCUGUUUGACCGGCGGCUGCCGUGGAACGCUCCAGCUCAACUCCAGUCAGUGCAGGCGAAACAUUGCUCUCUCCGAGUAAACCCUCCGGUGGAGCGGGAGGGGAGCAAAGCAAAGCUCUCGUCACCUAGCCCCUUUCUUACGGUGCUGUGCUUGGCUGGCUGGACUGAGUAAGCUGCUAUGAGAAAGAAAGAUGGAGCAAGAAGAGUCAAAUCUGAUAAAUGAUUAUAGGUACAGAAGUUAUUCUGCUACAAUUGAUAAAGCUUUGAAGAACUUUGAAUCCUCCAGUGAAUGGGCGGACCUUAUCUCAUCACUGGGGAAGCUUAACAAGGCACUCCAGAGCAAUUUGAAGUACUCCCUCCUACCAAAACGUCUAAUCAUUGGCAAAAGACUUGCGCAAUGCUUGCAUCCGGCACUUCCCAUUGGUGUCCACCUGAAAGCACUGGAAACCUAUGAAGUCAUAUUUAAGAUAAUCGGGACCAAAUAUCUGGCCAAGGACUUGUUCUUUUACAGCUCUGGUCUGUUUCCCUUGCUGGGCAAUGCAGCUAUGUCUGUGAAGCCAGUGCUUCUUGGGCUGUAUGAGAAAUACUACCUCCCACUACACAAAUCCUUAAUUCCCAGCCUGCAGGCAUUCAUCACUGGACUGCUACCAGGGUUGGAGGAGGGAUCGGAGAUUUAUGAGAGAACGGACACCUUGCUGCUGAAGCUGAUGCUGGUAGUGGGUCAGGAGGUAUUCUAUGGAGCUCUGUGGGGCAGUGUCCUCAUCAGCCCCUCUAUACGCCUGCCGGCUUCGCUCUUCGUUGUCAACCACAUUAGCAGAUCUGUGUGCGGAAAAGAGCAGAAACAUAUGUUUGGCACAGAUCCUUGUCUUGCGGUGAAAGCACUGUGUGCCUCGAUGCAGGAUUCUAAUGUUCUUGUACAACGAAACACCUUAGACAUUCUAUUUUACUUUUUUCCUUUAUGCACAUGCCUGGAUCCAAAUAACUCUGCCAUCCCAAUGUCCAGGGAGGACAUGGUGCUUGUUCUCUCUGCUGCUCUUUACGCUGUACUGAGGAGAGACAUGUCAUUGAACAGGCGUCUGUAUGCAUGGCUCUUGGGUACAGAUAUCAAAGGAGGCAUCAUGACUACAGACACAGACUUCUCCAUCUCUCCUGAAGAUCAUACCAAGGCUUAUUUUAACAAACAUUCCAAGGACUUGCUAGUUCGAGCAUUGAUAAGAACUCUGCAACAGGUGAACCCUGAGCCAGAUCAAGAACAUGGACCUCAAGCACAUCAGAAGCCCUUUCGUAUCCUGAUAAGUCUACUUGAUAAACCGGAACUAGGUCCUCAGGUCAUUGGGGAUUUGCUUCUUGAAGUGAUCAGAGCUUUUUAUUCCAUUUGUAAAGAGAUGCUCGAUUCAGAUAUGCAAUCAAGCCAGAAUGAGAGUCUGCUAAUAAGCAAAAUUAAAGGAAAUAAAAAUGCAUCAGAAGUAAUAAAGACGGUCAAUGUGCUGAUCACCUCACUAAACACGGAUUACCUGUGGGAUUACUUUACUAGGCUUUUUGAAGACUGCAUCAGGAGCAGAGCUCAACCAAGAAGUCACAUGCUAGAGGAAGGUCCAAGUGCUCCUCCAACUGUCCAAGAACUCUGUUGUCUGCUUGUGUUUCUCUUAGAAGUCAUUCCAUUGGAGCUGUAUUCUGAAAUUCAGACCCAGUAUCUUCCACAAAUGCUGUGUCAUAUUGUUCAAGCUUUGAUGGAGCACAUGGAAAGCCUGAGUCUGCAAGAGCUCACAAAGAGCCUGAAGAUGUGCUAUAAGACACUUGGCAAAAUUCAGUUGCCUGCAGAAUUCAUGGACACAGAGGCACGGAGGAGUGCACAAGAAACUGAGCUAGAUGGCCGAAGACCAGCUGAGAGCCCCUCACGGGAGGAAACCAGUGAAACCGUAUCUGAUGCAGAGCACAGCCCGGAAGAGGGAGCAGAUUCAAUCUUCCCUUCACUGCGAUCUGAAGACAGUGGAAUUGGAUUGAGUGCCAUGUUGUCAGAGAGGCCUCAGGACCAGAGCAGCCGACGAAUAUCUUCCGACUACACCGGUGUGUGGAAGAGCAGUGGCAGCAUUCAAGUGUCCGUGCAGAAUACACAGCAGCUCCUGGCGCAUUUUACGUUAAAAUACAUCUUCGGGACGAGUUGCCAGGCACAGGGUGUUGCGGGGGAGGAUGAGAAGAUGGGCACCAAGGGGGGAAAGAAGGCGUGGGACAAAAAGCAGAUCACCGUGCCGCAGUUCAAACAAAUGCUGUCUGAUUUCUUCACGGUCCGCACGCCAACGUCGAAACAGAAGAAGCGGCAGCGAGGUUUCUUCAUGCAGUUUGAUGGCGAGAAGCGUGUGAAGGGCGAAGAGGAAUGGGAUGUCGAUCACAUGCUGCAAGAAGUGGACGAGUUGACAGAGGAUUGCAGGCUGGCAUUCGCCGCCACCUGCCAGCUUCUGUUGGAAUGUAGCAGUUUUCCCAUGUAUCUGUCUUUCAAAGAGAUUGAAACAUUUUACUUGUCUGCAUUCCAGGAUGUUGGUGAUGGUGAUGGUUUCCUUCCUCUCUGGCUGAAGUCGCUGAUGACUUUAUCUUGCUGUAUCAGUGACUGCCAUGUACAAAAUGUAGCAAUAUCUACCUUGCUGGAAAUGAUUAACCACUCUCACUCAUUGGCGCUCGUUAUCGAAGACAAAGUCAAGCGGUACAAAAGCUCUGAAUACAGAGCAUUCCUUGGGAAGUUGCAGAUGAUGACUUUACCACCCAUUACACCAGCAACAUUGAAGCUUAUGGCUGAGAGAACCAAUUUUUAUCAGAGAGUUGCACAUGUGUUAUGGAACCAACUCAAUAAGGAGAGCAGGGAGCACCACAUCACUUCUGUUGAACUCUUUUAUAAAUUGCACUGCCUUGCUCCGGCUGCUAACAUUUGCGAGGACAUUAUUUGCCAGGCCUUGCUUCACAAGGAUAAAGGAAUCCGACUGGAAGCGCUCUUUAGGUUCUCUGUAUUGUGGCAUUUUACACGGGACAUUCAAAGCAACAGAACAUCCUUCUGCACUCGUUCAUUUGAUAGGAGCCUCUUUGUGGUGUUGGACAGCCUGAACUGUUCUGAUGGAGCGAUUGGGGCAGCAGCACAGGGUUGGCUUGUCCGUGCCCUCUCCUUGAAUGAUGUUGCUCGAAUUCUAGAACCGGUCUUCCUGCUGCUUCUCAACCCAAAGACACAACGCACGUCCAUCCUGUGCCUGAAAAAGAAAGUACUGGGAGAAGAUGUCCUACAUUUGUACAACAGGGUGUCUACCUACCCGAAAGCCUUUAGUACACCAUUAGAAAUGGUUGAAACAAGUUCUGAGGAAAGCUUUAUAUUUGCUCACGUUUCAUCAGUGGACAGGGAUGCUCUUUGGGCUGAAGUGGAAGGAGAGCCUGAAAGAUCAGGCCUGAAUCGGGAAGUGUUAAAGACAAACACCAACCAUUCAUUUGGCGAACCAGCCCAGAAUGUCCCUCCGGAAGAAAGCAAGGAUAGCAGUGAGCACACGGAGUCCACCGAUACCAGUUCAGGAGCUGUCUCUUCAGGAAUCACCUCCUCUGUUUCGCCACCAUCCCCAGAGCACCAAGGUGCCAUGAGCAAUAUUGAAGAAGAGGGCCUUGUGUUACAUGAGAGAGCUAUCAUAGACAGGAUGGCCAGUAGUGGCCCUCAGCCCAAAACCCAAUUGAUGCUGGUUCAUACUGACUCUGAAAGAACACAGAUGUCACAGUCGCUAUCCAGUGACGAGGAAGAAAUAGAUUUGGAAUUGCAGUUAAUUACCCGAGAAAAGCUUUUAAAACGGCAACAAGAGAAACAUGCCUUAGUGGAAGCUUUGUUCAAACAUGUCUUGUUAUAUAUCCAGCCUUAUGAUUCUAAACGGGUGUUGUAUGCUUUUUCUGUCCUGGAAGCUGUUUUGAAAACCACUCCCAAAGAAUUUACUGAGGCACUGUCUGCCACAUAUAUAGAUACCAAUUCCACCAGCCAGCUGAGUCUUAUACAUAACCUUCUAGCUCGCCAUCAGGAGUCCAUCCUGGGCAUGAGUUUUUAUGGCAAGCUUUCAAGUCAGGCAUUGCCCACAUGCCAUCACCAUUCCUCAUUGAUAGAAUUGCUAAUUUACCUCUGUCUGAAUUUCUUGAGAUCCUACUAUCCAUGCCAGAUGAGGUUGAGUCACAAGGAUUUGUUGGGAAACAGGGAUGUCCAAGUGAAUAGUGUGCAAGUCCUGAUUCGGAUCAUGACGCAGCUGGUUGCAAUUGUGAAAUCGACUGAUGGCAAAAACAUUGAUCUCAUCCACAAGUUGCUGACCAAGUGGAAGGUUCAGGAAUAUGUGCUACUUUCCCUUUCUGCAUCCAUGUACAUCAGCGAGAAGAGUUACACACUCAGCUUUGCAGAAUCCAGCGAUCAAUUCGUUGAAGAAGGCCUGUCCGAGGAAAGUCUCAUUAACUUUGGUCAGGACCAGAUUUGGAGUGAGCACCCUCUUCAGAUUGAACUCCUGAAGUUGCUGCAGGUCCUGAUUGUGCUGGAGCACCACCUUGGUCAGACAGCUGUUGAGCACGAGGGCGCCUCUGACCUUUCCAAGGAGUGGCAAAAGGUCAUGAGCUUCCAACAUUCUAUUACUGCCAUGGGGUUUGUAGACUCUCAGGCAAUCACCGCCCAGGGAAUGUUUGUGUCAGCAGUUGUCAGGGCCUUAGAACCGCAAUACGGUUAUAGUAUUCAUCCACCAUGGGUGAGCCUGGUCACUGCCUCCCUGCCUUACCUUGGAAAAUCCUUGGGGCUGGUGGUUGCACCAUUUGUUGCCCGGAUCUGUAGAAACCUUGAUGAUCUUGUUCAGCAGGAUGAAUGUGAGAGUGAAAAGAACACCGCAAGCACAACUUCAAAAAAGGAAAAUAUCCCUCCAGAUUAUCCACUGACCCUUUUGGAAGGCCUCACUACCAUUUCUCACUAUUGUCUUUUGGAUAGCUCAGCACAGACAAAAAAGUCUACCACCACAGGUGACCCCACAAGCAUGAAAAAUGCGAAGAAUGCUAUCCUUGAAGAAUUGCCUUUAAUCAUCAACUCUACAUCUCUUCUCUGGGGUGUAGUCCGAAGAGAAGAAUCCCAGAGAAAGCACAUGAAUUUGCUUGAUACUAGCAAGGCCUCGUCAUCCAUUUACUUUAAAUCAACCAAAACACUUAAACAGAAAAUCUUGGAGCUCCUGAAUCCAUUUGCUGCUCAGAUGGGUGUCCACCUAAUGGCGGCUGUGGCAGCAGUGUGGAACAAGAAGAAAAGCAGCAAAAUACUGAGUCAAAACAAGGCGCGGAUUCUGCCUGUAGCCAGUGAAGCUCAGCUAACGCUAGUAGGGUUGGUCCAAGCACUGGACACACUCAACACUGACAGUAUUUUACAACUGAUAAAGGAAGUUGUCAAGAAGCCACCUCAAACCAAAGAAGAGAAACCAACUUUGGUUGAUAUCCCAAUGCUGCAGUUCAGUUUUGCGUUGCUUCAGAGGCUUUCCAUAGCUAGUUUACAGAAUGUUCUGCCAUCCUUGCUCAGCCUGUUGAAGGAAUCAGUUCAAUUGAAUUUAGCUCCACCCGGGCAUUUCCUUUUACUUGGAAUAUUAAAUGACUUUAUGUCUCGAAACCCUAAUUUGGAAAACAAAAAGGAUCAGAAAGAUCUGCAGGAGGUGGCCCAAAAAAUAAUUGAAGCUGUAGGGAAUGCUGUUGGUUCCUCGCUCGAACAGACCAGCUGGCUGAGCAGAAAUUUGGAAGUAAAAGCUGGGCCUCAGGUUUAUUUGGAGGAGACCAAUUCUGACAUUGUUGAACAUGGCUCGUUCUCCCCACCUUUGCCUGUGGUAUCAACAGCAGUCGCUUCUUUAUACAGUGUGCAGGCUCUAACUUUGCUGGCUGAGCUGCUCGCUCCACUUCUUGAUAUGAUUUACCGCAGUGAUGAAAAGGAGAAAGCAGUGCCUCUCAUCUCACGGCUGCUGUACUAUGUGUUCCCGUACCUGAGAAACCAUAGUGGGUACAACAUUCCCAGUUUUCGAGCCAGUGCUCAGUUACUGAGUAGUCUGAGUGGCUAUGCCUACACCAAGAGAGCAUGGAAGAAGGAAGCCUUUGAUCUCUUCAUGGAUCCACUCUUUUUCCAGAUGGACUCCUCUUGUAUUAACCAUUGGAAGUCCAUAAUUGAUCAUCUGUUAACACAUGAGAAAACAAUGUUCAAAGACUUGAUGAGCACGCAGAGCAGUUCAUUAAAACUAUUUCCUAAUUAUGAACAGAAAGCAAUGCUAGUGAAGCGGCAAGCUUUUGCAAUCUUCAGUGGUGAACUUGACCAAUAUCAUCUGUAUCUCCCACUCAUACAAGAGCGUAUGACAGAAACUCUUCGUGUGGGAAUGUCAUCAGUUGUUACUGCCCAAAUGUUUCUGACCUUCCGAGUGUUGCUGAUGAGAAUUUCUCCCCAACAUCUGACUUCACUCUGGCCUAUCAUGGUGACUGAGCUGAUUCAUGUGUUCAUGCAGUUGGAAGAAGAUUUACUUGAAAUUGUUUCAAACAAAGCAGGUCAAAGAUCUACGGUUAACAAUGGAAAUGGAUCACUAUUGUUCGAUAUGGAGCAGAAUGAUCUUGACAUGUAUUUAUCCGCUUGUAAAUUUCUGGAUACAGCACUCUGUUUUCCACAUGAAGCGAUGCCUUUAUUCCAAAUGUACAGGUGGGCUUUUGUUCCUGAGGUGGAUGCUGAAGAUUGCAGCCCACAGAUGGAUGUUGUGGAAAUGUUCCAGGCAUAUAAACCACAUACUGUACGGAUUCUGGAUAUUCUGGAUCAAAGAAAUGGGGAAAUUUACUGUGCAGAAGAAAUCACACCCAGCGAUGUGUAUGAGUUUCCCCUCUUGACUCAACAAUCUGUGUCCAGUAUCCAUACACUUGCACACUUCUUCAGAACACUGAGCUGCAUCUUUAAAACUCAACCAAAUAGAUCCCUUGGAGAACUAAAUGCACAUGGUCUUCACAGUCCAGCUUCUCUAAUGGAACCGGCCACUGAUGGUGGUGCUGUUUUACGAAGAAUAGAAGAAAAUAUUGCGCGUGACUUUUUGGAAAUGAUGAUGGAACAUUGAACUCAAUGGAAUGUAUCUUAAUUAUGGCAGUAAAACCAUGGUUACUGACUGAACUAAGUUGUUAUUGAAGUUAUAUACAAGAAGUUUUGUCCUUCUGGUGUCUUAACAGUCUUAUCAGAGCAAAGUCCAAACACAAUGAAGCAUUUUUGAAACGUGAAAUUUUGGAACUCCUUUGUUUUUGCACUGUUAUUUUUGAGUGGUUUGAUUGUGGUGAAGGGCAGAAUUAAUUUCUGUUUGCUAGGAAUAAACUGGUAAUGGCUCACCUACUGGGGCCAAUCCAAUCCUUUUAAUUAUCCUGCACCUAUUGAAACAAGCUUAGUGUCUGUGCUGUUAAAUACCAUGGGUGAAAUUCAGGGACAGAGUUGAGUACCUCUCAUCCAGGCUGGCAGUAGCCUUAGAGCUAACUUGUACUGUGUCUGUUCUGUUAUGGGUCUUUUGUUGGAAAAAUGCAGUACCUGUAAUGGAAGGUAUCGGUGUUAGUUUAUACAAUGCUAUUAACUGAUAUAGCCAUUUCAGAUAUUAACUUCACUGUGUAUGUGUGUGUGUGUGUGUAUAUAUAUAUAUAUAUAUAUAUAAACAAUAGUGUAUAAAUAUCUAUUUUCAGAUGCCGCAUUCCCUUUGUAUCUAAAUGACUCUAAAAUGGCUCAAUUUUUUAUACCCAGCCAGAUUGGCACAACAGAGAAAUAACCCUGUAAAAUGUGUGAGUUAUCCUAAUGAGAAUGUAAACUUAAGAAUAUGAAGAAAGGGAAUGCUCUUAUUGCUUUAUGGAUUUGUAUUUAAGUUUACAGCCUUAUUUUCAAUCUGCAAACUUAAUACUGUGAAUGUAUGUGCCAAGAAUAGAAACCUGGUCACUAAAUAAAAUCCAGAACCUCA